CGGUUGAUUGUGUGCGUGUGUACACACUGCAUGUGUUGACACAAACUCUUCGGUAUUCGAAAUAUAAAUAAAAAUAUUGUCAAAACGUAGACUCAUGUGUGCAGCAGUAAGUAGUCUUAUGCAAGCAUUCAAUGUUCACGGUCGUGCGGACACAAUAAGAAAUUUUAAAGGAAUUUUUGACUGAGUGAGACACGGGCUCGAAAAACGUUUUUCUGUUUAUUUCUGUUCCGUUUCGCGUGUGUAAACAAAAGUGUUGUCGGUAUCGACAUUAAUUGUAAAUUGUCUAUCGGUAUUUUGGCUGUGAUGUCGGGUCAAUCGAAAUGAACAUCACCGCCGCGUUCCAAUAAAAAAGCAUUCCAAUCUAAUAAAAUCAAAAAAAAAAUCGGUUUCAUCUAGUUCGCACGCAAUUCGGUAUUAAUAGAAUAAUGAGUCAGAAGCCGUUUAUUGCUCUGUUUCCGAAGCCACCUGAAUUCAACGAUGAAGUGGUCAUUAAGGGAAAAAUUAAGGACAAUGCAUCGGUAUUUUCCGUAAAUUUCUGUUUGGACUGCUGUCCGAAACCGUCCUAUGUUGCGUACCAUUUCAAGACUGUGUUCGAUAGCAACAGUGUUGUCCACAACUUUAAAUCGGGAACAUGGCAGGAUGAAAUUCACGAAGAAAAUACAUGGAUCGAUGGUCCGGGCCAAUCGUUCGUACUAACAUUUCUGUUCACCGAUUCCGACAUAACUGUGUACACCGAGGACCAAGGACGAUGCUACCAAUACGCAUUCACACACAAAUUCGAUAUCAACGACAUUCGAUCGGUGCAAAUCUGGGACGACUACGAAUAUGUCAGCGAAAUCAUUUUUCGAAUGAAGAAUAAUUGACGGCCGCAUUAAGACGCGGAUGUUAGUUUUAUGAUCAUUUUUUGUUUGAAAUACCAAGUGGACCUUAUACGCGCGCUUAGGGUGGCUCGAAAUUUUGGUAUCACAUCACUGUUCGGACAACAUCCGAAUGUCUUUUUAUUUUGUUUUUUGAUGCUUGUUGUGAUUGCGGUUCACUCAUUUAAAGGGACAAUAAAAUCAUCGCACGACUCAAUCUCUUGUCGGAAACAAAACUGGCACCUUCAAUACUGAGGUCAUUCCUAACCCUCUGGUCUCGCUACGGUUCAGCCAGGAUUUUUUUUUUUGCACUCAAAUGAUUCCGAAUUUACCGAUUCUCAUGAGACAAGAGACUGUAUGCCAUCAAAUCGAUGCCAUUAAACCAGUCGAUUAGUCCCAUUUACAUUAUGGAAAUCAUAACCUAGACUAGACAGCAGACCAGUCUAACAUUCUUAAAUUUUAUGAUACCGAACCGAAAACCGAUAUCAAAAUCCGGUUUUUGUAUUUAAAUACGGAAUACCCGAUUCAGGGAACCGGUUCCGCACUGCAUUUCCUAUAAUAAAUUAUUGCGCGAUGUUGACGCUAUUGAAAUGCAAAAAUGUGCAACGACAACAUAGCAAAUAGUUAUUUACAAUACGGGACGGCAUGUGUUCUCACUGUUGUAGCUGGCCAAGGACCACGUUUAUUAAACAAAUGCGAACACUCCCUUCUUCGACACACCCAUAAUUCAACAAGCUUAUAGACGCCUAGAGUCCGCUUUCACAACUAACAACGACGUGAAAACUGCAUUUUCGCUCUUAAUGCAUGCAAAUAACUUAUUAUGUACACUAAGUGUCGUCGUCAGGCAUGUUUGAUAGUUUGCUCGGCGAUUUAAUGAUAUUCACAGAUUUUGUGUGCACUCACGAAGUUGAACGACGCUCGAGUUUGAAUAGAAAUAUAUUUUGUUUGAUCAGCAACACUAAUGCAUUGCGAUGCAGUUAAGUCAGGGACAAGCUGCUGUGUAGACUCGGAACGAAGUAUUAACCACCCGUGGCGGUAAUGUUGAAAAAUGAGUUGAUCGUGUCGAGUGAUAGAGUGUGAUUCGGAUGGAUUGUUUUGAUCAAAAUUGUUCGAAUUACAAGUGCAAAUGGCUCACAGUCAAGAUCAAUUUCAUUGCAAAGUGUACGAAACAAAUUGCAAUGCAUUUAGUAUUCAAUCGUGUGUAGUCAUUGGUCAAGUGGCAUUUAUUUGUUGUCACGCGUUUAUUACAUAGCGCAUGGCGGAAUCUGUCCUCCAAUUUGGACUUAUCCUUUUUGAAGAGACAAUGAAAAUUAGUGAUCAGGGCCUAAUAUAAGCGGAAAGUUUCACUAAAUUUCGCUAACUUUAGUGAAAAUUAACGAAAUUUUGGUGAAAUUUGCUGAAACUUUUCGCUAAUAUUUGAUUGUGUUAGUGAUGGUGAUUAGGGGCCGUUCAUAAAUUACGUAACUCAAGAAGGGGGUUCAAGGAUCGCGUGACAGUCACAAUUUUUUUUUGUAAAAUUUAAGAUGAAAAAUCGAUUCAGUUGACCAAUGGCUUGAAUCGUCUAAGUGUCAAUUAUGCUACAAAUCGCCCGUGUGAAAAUAAUGUCAAAUCUGUGUGUGAUCGUGAUGUGCAGAGUAGUGUAUGUGACGAUGAUAAAGGAAUCCCGCGAGAUAUCAAGGUGGCUCAUUAACCAUUUCUGGUAUGUUGUUGAAAGAGCUAUGGACAAGGUUGAUAAAGAAUGACGCCAUUCAGAUGUGCGCCAUCUAGCAAGUUAGUUCCAAUAUUAAAGAGACAGACGUAGGGGUAAUCUGGCAAACCAUACAAAUUGAUGGUAUGCCAGAUUCACCUCUAAGGGGCGAAUCUGGCACAGUCAUGACUUCUCGUUACAUGUAGUAAAAGGGCGCAUACUAUGAUCGCGUGUGCCAGAUUCCCCGAUGCCAUGCGACAGUAGAGAGAUGCUAAUAUGACGACUGUUUAUGCCUGAUCUGGAUUUUUUGUGUGAUUGGUUUUCGUACAAGUUCUUUUGUAGUAGUGCCAUAAUGUCGCGGAACUGUCAACUUCUGGGACACUUGGUAUUUUUAUUAGAAAAAUCUAACUUGACAAAAAUACAAACUUUUCGUCAAGUUAGAAUUUCUUGUA